AUGACAUCAACCCAAACUUGCUCAGCAUAUCUGCCAUCAAUACCAAGCCUCUGACCAAGUGGUUUGCACCCGCGGAGCUCCCAAGAACUCCACAGCCUCUGGAAGUUCUCAAACGUAAUACCCAGGAAACGUCGGCAUACUCUCGCAUAAUUGAAUGUAGUUACCGGAAAGAAUAUGCCAUAUUGCGCCAGUUUCAAGAGGUAAAAAUGAAAGAGCUUCAAAUGGAAAAUCAUUUAAUGAAGGUUUCAGGGAAAUCUCGACAGGAACUGCUUAUACGUAAGAAGCAAUUCUUACCCCACAUUGAUCACGAUGGACAAGAGAAGACCCAUGGUCAGUUCGAAAGAACAGAGACGCCAGAGAUCAUCUACGAUAAUCAGUUAUUUUCCGAAGCUGCCCGAAAAGUCGCUGAGAAAAAUGGAAUUUGCAGAACGCUUACGAGGCGGGAGAAGGGCUACAACGUUGUCACUGAUUGGAUUGGUUGUCCAGAAGUAACAGAUUUCAUAGCUGAAAUGCUGGGUAGGCCAUGCGGGACUCAUUACAAUAUAAAUUAUCCCCUGCAAGAAAACGAACCCGUGGUAGAGGGUGAGAAUUUUGUGCCACAAUUCGAGGAGCUUGCAGUCAUUGGGUUACAGUAUGAUAAAGUCCAUCGACAGCUGAAGAACAUUGCGAUGGCGAAAGUAAAGAAAGAGCCUUCGAAGACACCAAAUGCGACCGAAGCACCUAAAUCUAGACAUGGUUUUAAAAUGGAUCUAGAACGCGACCAUUUUCUGCGAAAUGAAUCUGGUUUCGAUUUUGGGGAAUCCAUAGCAGGUUUAGCUAUAGGUCAGAUGAAGCUGUUCUGGACUCGAGAUCCAGAGAGAUCAAAGAAAACAUGGGUCGUGGAGCUCGGUUGCACCACCGAGAUUGGUAAAGACUCUGUUGGCUCAAUCACGAUGAAAAACAUUGGAAGUACAGCUAUACAUUUUAAAUGGGAAAAAGUAAUACCAGCAAACACCUUUAAGCUAAUAAGAUACAACAUCGCGCACUUUGUCUUUGAUUGCUGGGGAGGCGUGAUCUUACCGGGAGACACAUACAGAGUCCCGGUGUUAUAUAAAGGUAUAGAACCUGGUGUUUACUCCGAAGACUGGCAAUUGCUAACUCAGCCGGUCUUGGAAAAUGGCGCUAAUAUUAUUACUCGGCUUUGGGGAAUCACACGUCAGUACGACCCUUAUCGUCGCAUUCGGGAAGAAAUUGAUACGGAACUCGAAAAGAGGAUAGGAAAAACCAUAGUUGAACACAGAGUACAAAAACUCAUCAGCUAUCUUCCCGUUAAAGAGGUACCACUGAAGGACACCAGAUUUCCCCUGGUUCACCUAGGUCCCGACUUGUUUCACCUGAACAAUCCCACGCUAAAAUAUCACUUCGCUUCUGUGUACCGGCUGGGAAAACUGGCAGCCAUGACCGAAAAUAAAAGGCAAACAAUUUCUACAUAUCAGUCUGAAAAGUCGGCAGUGUCAUUCGGCAAUGAAGAUGAAGAAUUGAUUAGAAAUGCAAUGUACAGUGAUGGCGUGUCUGUCUACUCAGAUGAAGAGACCAGUACUUCCAUUUUAUACAUAAAACGGCUCAUAGAAGAACAAAUAAGUCCAGACCUUCCUAUCUUACUAUAUAGUUCAUCGAGAAGUAAACGUCCAUCAGCAGUCAAUCUGGUGAAUACAGAUUUUUCAGUAGACGCCAUCCGAGAGAAUAUUCUAGAAAACGGGGUAGACCCUAAUGAGCAUAGGGAGGCCCAGUUUCUGAUCUUGUCGGAGCAAGUGACACGUUUGCUGUUCAGCACGGACAAGCCAAUAGACAACUGGAAAACGGUGGUGGCUCGCGGCCUCCUUUGUAGUGCAAUGGAUAACUUCUCUGAAUUUGCAGCAUCUUUAAGGUUAGCACAAAAAUAUACU